UGAAACCUACGUCUGCGGCGGAGCGUCGUCUGCCACUCGUCUGUUGACGAGGAAGACGCGAAGUCGACAGGGUGCGCUCGGGGUUGGGGCCAUGGCAGCGACCUUCAAGCCGGUAACGCACGUGCUUUUCGACUUGGACGGCGUGAUUUUGGACACGGAGAAGUUGUACACGAAGGCGGUGCAGACGGUGGCCGCCCGGUAUGGCAAGCAGUACACGUGGGAGCUCAAGCAGCGGGCCAUGGGCAUCCCGGGAAAGGACGCGGCGCGCCUGGUCAUCGACGGCCUCGGCCUGCCGCUGGCCACCGAGGAGUACCUCGAGGAGAUGGAUCGCCUCUACGCCGAGAUGUUCCCCAGCGCCGAACUCAUGCCCGGGAACCGUAGCGCCGUCUACCGGGCGCCGCUUUACUCACCGAUGGCAGUAAAGGGCGCGUGUCCAACGUCACAACUCCCGCGCUCGAAGGCGGCGGAUUUGAAUAAGGCUAAUGGUGUGGAGCGACUGGUGCGCCACCUGCGCAAGUACGGCGUGCCCAUGGCGAUCGCCACCAGCUCGAAGCCGACCUCGUUCGAGCUGAAGACGUCGAAGCACCGCGAACUGGUCUCCCUCUUCCACCACGUCGUCAUGUCGGGCAGCAGCCCCGAAGUGAAGCACGGAAAGCCGCACCCGGACGUCUUCCUGGUCGCCGCCUCAAAGUUCGACGAGAAGCCGCCCCCCGAGAAGGUUCUGGUGUUCGAAGACGCGCCGAAGGGCGUCACCGCCGCCCUCGCCGCCGGUAUGCAGGUCAUCAUGAUACCCGACGCUCGCAUGGACGAAGAGAACCGGCGUCGCGCGACGCUGUGCAUCGCCUCGCUCCUCGACUUCAAGCCCGAGCAGUUCGGACUGCCGCCCUUCGAGGACGGCACCGAGAACGGCCUCGAGGACGGACCCAAGAAGAAGGAGGAGUGAGGCGGAAAGACGGGGGGCGAGUGGCUCGGCCCACUGCGUUGACCGUCUCGACUACAAGCCGGCGCUGCCGCACGCCUUUCCGUCACUGCCGCGGCGCGCAGGAGACCGUGUCGCGCUUAGCGCUCCCUUCCUCAUCUCGAACGAACGGAGCGUCCACCGACUGCGUGGAACGUUCGGCAAGCCCCCCAGGUGGUAAUUUUCGCGUCUCGUGGUGUCUCGCGAGAUUUCCUCGUUGCGCAGAACAAGCCUAGGGCUCCUAGUCGGGCAGCGCGGACGCAUGAGCUGAAGCCUCUUAGUGUGUAAAAGUACUUAUGUAUAUUUAUGUUUCAUGUAUAGCGACACCGGCCGUGCUUGGCAAAAUGCUCGCCCGAACAGUAAUUUACGAGAAUCCUCAACUGUUGACGUCGUAAACCGCUUCUAUUUUGUACAGGUGGCGUAGAUUGUGUAUGUGUACGUACGCGCCUCGCUUCAAGUCUUACUCGGUUCCACGAGAACAUUCCGAAAUCAACCAUGCCUACCUUCCUUGUGACGCAUCUGUUUUACGUCUGUUGUGUGCGAUACUCGCGUUUGUUGCCAGUGCUAGGGGAGAUACGAAGGGCCGAUUUUAAUUACAAACGCAUGUUCACUUACUGUGGUAUUCACGUUGUGACCUGUUUGCCUUUCUUGCUACUAAGAACCUAUCCACUCUUCCAAGUGCCUCUAAGCAUAAGUGUACGCACUGGACGCCCAUUGCCGAGCUGACGAUGUAUGUCAGCAGACGAAUGCAACGUAUACAAUACGUGUAAGCCUGCUGACGUUGACUGCAGAAACGUCAGCUGUUGUUUGCGCAAUAUUCUCCUUGCAUCAAUUGAUUAAACCAACCGAGAGCGGUUCAUGCUCAGAACCUUGCCAAUCUUGAGCACAACAUGUGUUGAUGUGGCCCGUCAUACAUGUUAUACUCUUUGCAAGCCUGCGACGGGGGCCUUGCCGGCAGGGCAACACGUUGGCCAACACUGUCCGCGAGCGACUUAUCGGGGGUCGCGCUGCACAAGAGUAACGACAUGCCACACAUUUUGGCAACAUGCCUGCUAACAACUCUUUGCACCUUCGACACACUCUGUAAAAACAAGGGAGUGCGAGCAACUCUGAGGGAGUGUCUGUAUAUUGUUCCUCUUUCUCCAGUUAGAUAGCAGGUCAUGUUUACUGUUGGGGUAGUUUGCGGAGCGUCUUGUAUGAAGCCUCAUCGCGUCAUAUGUACCUUUGAGAUAUGUGACCACGCAAAAUUUUACUUGCAUGCUUUGGUUUGUGUCAUAUUCUCUGAAGCUUGUUUUCUGCUUAGUGCCGAAAAAGAUACACGAUAAAAAUGGGAAUAAGUGCGGGAAAGUGUGCACAAGAACAUCGUAGGACAAGUAUAAUUCACCGACUGCGUGCUAGAUGGCGCCACAAGACCGCAUCGCAGAAAACAGAGCCUCGACAAGGGGCUUGUUUGGCACACCUUUGUGCAUUUCUUUCUGUGCUGCUAAAAUGAAUUGAACUGAUAUGCAUGGGCGGUUGCGUUAGCGACACAGUGUGCAAGAGAGCUGCAUGUCGCAAAACCUUUCACUCGUAUCUUCAUGCGAAAUGACUUUAGUGUCUUUUUUAGCGCGCAUGUGACAGGGCCGUCAUUGUCAAACUAUUUUUGGACAGUCUUGGCCAAACUAUUGCCCGCUUGGCAGCGCCUAUAGAAUACUACCACGGUAACAGCGACGGUACGGGUAAUCGUCAUUUGUUGGGCGUGUUGGUAAACUGACUUGGAAAGCAUAUCUAGCGCCAGCGAACAAGGACAGAAGGGAGACGACACCACAAUGCGCUAACCUUUCUGUCCUUGCUCGCUGGCUCUAAAUAUGCUUUCCAAAUGUACGGGUAAGCUUCAAUUUAUUGUAUUGUUAUGUUUUGUGUUCUGCCCAUCCAGUAGAAGCCGUACACCGAGAAUUGCCUUGGAAGGAUGCUUACUUAAAAAUAACACGGCGUCGUGUAGAAGCCACUUUGGUGCGGCAUACACUUAAUCACAUUUCUUGUUCGCACUUGCAGAUGCGCAGCUGUUGAAAUAUUGCUGAGCUGAACUGCGACACAUCCGCGCGGGAUUUAUUUAUUUAUUUAUUUAUUUAUUUAGAACAUACUGCAGGCCUACAGUAGGCCCAAGCAGGAGGGACGAAUACAUAAUAUAUGCAAAAAGAACAGGAUUAGCAAAAUUGAAAAAUGUUAAAUACAAGUUGUAACACAAAAUACAGCAAUAAAUACAAGGCUUAGAUGUAAAAUACAAAAAGUAAACGUAGAAAUAAAUGGCUCUCAAAUUAAAUGCUGUGAAGAAAACAUUGAGUCAAAAGAAUCAGCUCUGGUUAAAAGAUCUGGCGGACACCUGUUCCACUCCUCAAUGGUGCGUGGAACAAAUGAGUAUUUAAAUGCGUUAAUCCUAGCACUGUAAGGGGUUAAUGAUUGUGCAUGAUGAUUUCGUGUUUGGCGCGUAGUGUUAGGUUUAAGGAAGGGGUCUGCAUUCAUAGACAGUUUAUGGUUUUUUAGUAAGAAAAGUAGUUUCAGUCUGAAUUUUCCGGCGCAGCUGUAAUGUUUCAAUACCGUGAGUUCGCAUGAGGGUCGUUGGUGAGUCAGUUACACGAUACCCUGAAAAAAUAAAACGGACGGCUUUGCGUUGAAUCAUUUCAAGGGCCUCGAUGUUACGUUUAGUUUAGUGAUCCCAGACGGUGCACGCAUAUUCUAGUGAUGGCCUUAUUAUUGAAAAGUAGGUUAAUUUUUUAAGUUCAGGUGGGGCAAGUUUUAGUUUAUGUCUAAGAAAGCAGAGUUUACGAAAGGCUGAGGAGCAUACGUUUGAUACAUGUUUAUUCCAGCUAAGGUUUUUCGUUAUUGUAACUCCUAGAUACUUGUACUCGCUGACUUCGGUCAGAAGGUGAGAUGAAAUAUUGUAAGGAAAUGAGAAGGAAGCCUUUUUGUUAGUUAUCGUCAUGUAUACUGUUUUCUCUAAAUUUACCUUCAUGUCCCAUUUAUUACACCAUGUAUGUAUGUUCUGAAGAUUGGAGUUUAGUAAAACUUGAUCAUCUUGGCAAGUAAUUUGGUGAAAUAAAACGCAGUCACCUGCAAAUAAUCUAAUUUGAACAGGGGUAGUUAUAACGUUAGUAAUGUCAUUGAUAUAUAUCAAAAAGAGGAGAGGUCCGAGGACGCUUCCCUGUGGGACGCCUGAAGUGACCGGCAGGUGGUUUGAAUAGCAAUCAUCAAUACAAACAAAUUGUGUGCGGUGAGAAAGGUAUGAGGAAAUCCAACGAAUUAUGAAAUUAGGAAGACCAAUAAGUUCAAGUUUGUAAAUUAGUUUGGCAUGAGAAAUAACAUCAAAGGCUUUGCUGAAGUCUAAAAAAAUAACAUCCAUUUGACCAGCGCUGUUUAGUACACUUGCAAAAGUAUGAAUGACAGACGUUAGCUGAGUGACAGUGGAAAAGUGGGAUAGAGUAUUAAUGUUCUUCUAACUUCAAGAAUAACUGUUUGCGCAAUGCAAACAGUUAUCUUACGGCGAAUUUUCGAGCUUAAGUGUGUAGAGCAGAUAAACAUCGAUAAAGAAAAUAAUAGGACAGGCUUUUCUGCAUGGACACAUGGUUGGGCAUACAGGGGUCGAUCCCACAGCUCGCGUCUUUAAGGGGACCUGCCUGUGAUUGUGGCUGUGAAUUAAUUUAUCUUACUUUUGCUUGUUACCAAUAAACGAAUGGAUACAAAAUUACCUGCAUAUAUCACUGUAUGAAAGGACCAAAGCUUUAUCCAUGUGGCUUGUCUGUGAAAUGCUUUGUGUUUUAUGGCAGCUUCUUGUGAAGCUAAAUCUCAUUAUAUCAAAGACAUAAUUGCUGUGAAGGACACCAACCCGUGAUCUCUUGUUGUUUUUUCUUUCUCUGUGACAAAUGCCAUAUUCAGUACAACAGGACCAUAGCGCAUCUGUGUACAAAGUAUACGUGUGAUCCCGAAAGAACCAAGCAAGAAACGAACAGACAGUCAACUAGAUCCAUGAUCAAAUAGAUUUUAGGCUAACGUAUUUCGUUAAACGGUUUUAGAUUGCCAGUUUACAUCCCCAGGUUUCUCGCUGUUUUAGGGUCGCCUCUUGGUCGUUUGUAUAGAUAGAUUAAUUUUGGUGGCAUCAUUUUUUUUUUCAUACGCGAAUAGUUAACGUGUCGUUUGACUGCGCAGUACAAGUAAGGAUGUGAAAUGCUGUCACCCUGCGAUGGAGGCAUCAGAAUCGCUCGAAAAGAAUAGCAGCGAUCAGCGAUGUCACGCAAAAAUUAUACGAACUACGCAUGUUUUCUUAAGAAAACGUGCGCACUGGCUAACUCGCUCCUCCAUCCUGCAUGACAAGUAAGCGGCGCACUAUUCUUAGAAUGUCUAACCGCACGAGCCAUACUGGGCUAACUUUGUUAAAAUGUCGAUGUACAUAAUUGUUUCUUCGUGCUAGGUGUGAGCCUAAAGUAUACCAAAAAAUGAAAAACAACACCACUAACCAAAGAUAUAGACAGUUGUACGAUGCUAUUGACUAAAAAAUGCACAGAACUGUGUGGGAACGUUGAAAGAACCAAUGAUAUCAUUGCCAGAAUCGUUACUACACUUAUCGCAAGUUGACGAUGCUACAAAACAGAAAUAUUUGACGAUAAUUCAAGGGUAACAGGGUACUGCCGUUUGAAGUGAGAUAAUGGUGUUAUGCGCGGAAAUACGCCGAUGACGGCUGUACAUGCGUAAAUAAAGUUCAGAAUUAAAGCUGAAAUUAUCGGGCUUGUUGCGUUUGCAUGUUUUCAGUAUCCACGGAAGUCUAAAUCAGAACGCAAUAACUCUACGCGAUGCCUCGUAGUUUAGAGAUUAUACAGAAAAGGGGAGGGAUAGGUAAUGAAUCUGCUGCGGAAAAUACUGAGAGACGGCUGGAACAUUACAAUACAUCACAUAUUUAUUUCUGUUCAUGCUACAGAGUUUGAAAUCACAAAGAGCGGACCCUGCGCAAAAACCUGCUUUCCGCAGCUUGAGGACCAGCCAGCGCCCGUCUGUCACACGUCAUUCGGACAGACGCACUGUACGCACAAAAUCCAGAAUAGCAACACCGACGAUUUCCAUGAAGACAGUGAUUGAGGUGCGGUGAAUCCGGUUUGCUGUAGACACUUCUAGCCACUUCUACCUUUGCGUAGACACUUCCCCGCAAACGUGCUGACUUCAGUAGGCCAAGUAUAAAACCAAACACAUAUAUAACAGAACGACGAUUAUAACAAUAAGUAGCCGAACAGGUGACAAUAUAAUUGCUAAAGAUUUUGACAUCGAUAGUUGACAUCGAUGACCCGGAAACGUGAAUAUAUUUGAGGCAAUAAAGUUAUACGAACUUUAAUUGUUUGUUACCGGAAACUACGCGUCCCAAGAGCCGAUAAACGCGAAAGCAAAAAUAAAUAGCGUGGCAGGAUGAGCGGCCGCCCAAUUUCAUAGGGGAUGACCUAUUGUCCGUCGAUUCAGCGACUGUACAAAAUGCGUGCUGCAAGGUAAUCGCGCAACUGAAGUGCCAGUUACGGGUGGCAGUUGCAACUAUCCUGGCAAUAAGACUUUUUGUUAUUAGAAGAAAGUCGCAUGCCUUCCUGCGCAUUUUUGUUAAAAUAGCGUGAUGCUCUACUGUCUGUACUUUUUUUUUAAUUACUACCAUUUUACUUUUCGUGGUACUUCUGGAUCAAGUACAUGUGCCUCGUUGAUGGGAAAGUUCGUCGUUCACGUGUAAAUUUCUUUCAGCCAUGAAUCUUGUUUGUUGAAACGUUGCCAGGAAAUUUCGUCGUGGAGUGCGAGCGAUCUAUCGAUCGACGUUGUUGGAGAGCGAAAGGUUGUACGGCUGUGUUGCAGAACCAAACUAAACAGUCUUGCGUUUAACGUUUCCGGGAUAUGGCAUUCCGUUCGGGCGUUUCCUAUCAGCCUCGAAAGAUGUUCAAAUGAGUGAUAACCGCAGCAGAUAUUUGAUAUCGGCCGAACGCGCCAUUGCCAUUUGUAACUUGCAAGCAAGACUGUAUAGUUUCGUCCGCGCUCACUCCGAGCAUACAGCUGUGCGCACUUGCAUUGACGUGUGCACAAUGGCGCCUCGGUUAUGUGCACGUGGCAACUGCCGAGCUAGCUUUGGUGCGGUUGUAACUCUGGUACAAAUGAUCUCGCAAGGAAGCGAUUGCAAAGGGUUUGUUGGAUAUUGUCUGUUGACGGUGAUGUUCGUUGAUUGUUGAAUAAAGAAUAAGUACUGGUAA